AUGUCCUUCAUGCUACCCUCGAAUACUUCCAUCGUCCAGCUUAUUGGCAGUGUCGGAAACCUCAUCGGCGGGUACACGGUGACCCUGGCGCCGCCACCGACAUUUGGGACACAAGCUCUCACCCUCAAUGCGUGGAACCCAACAUUCAGCACCAUGCAGGACAACGUGCUGUACUAUGCGGCUGUGGAUCCAGCAGCACAAUACAACCUCUCGGUGACAUACCAAGGCGGUGAGCAGGGGACGACGUGGCAGCUGUGGGGUGUGUCCUUUGUCACUGUCACUGGUGGGAAUGGCAUCCAGAAGAAUGACACGAGCAUCGGGACUCUUGUGGCAAUCGGCCUCAUCGCCUUCAUUUACUGGUUCUUCCGCCGCCGUGAGCGAGGGGCUGCAAACCUGCUCCAGGAGUUUGGAGUAAGCAACGACAACCGUCUCAACAUAAUCGAGUUGGAGGAGACGAACGGCGACUCGCAGACUGGUGAGUCCAAGCGGAGAGCCCACCCUUCCACCUAA